GGUACAAGGAAGAAGUCGAUGCAUAGACAGCUAAAACAGAAAGUAGGGUGUAUUUAGCAUCAACCAGAGUUUACUUAGAGUGUCUGGAAGUUAUCCACUGUAAUGGUAAAGCUGAGGGCGAGAUGCCUGCUUGUCGGCGAUGCUGCAGUGGGGAAAAGUGCCCUUUCCCAUAUGUUCCACAGUGAUGGUACUCUCUUCCAGAAGAACUACAGCAUGACAGCUGGAGUAGAGCUGCUAAUGAAAUGUGUGAACAUCCCAGAGACCAGUGACAGUGUGGAGCUCUACAUCAUAGACUCUGCAGGGAAGCAGACAUUAGUGGAAGCCUGCGAAAAAAUGUGGGGUGAGCUGUCGUUGCUGUGCCUGGUUUUUGACCUGACCAGCGAGCAGUCUUUUUCCAACUGCAGCCACUGGAUGGAGAGAGUUCGUGCUCACUGCCAGGGCCUCCACAUUCCAGGUGUCCUGGUGGGCAACAAAUCAGACCUGUCUGCUAGAAGGGAGGUCCAAGCAUCCGUUGCCCAGGAAUGGGCUCAAAGCCAGGGGCUGGAGUACCACGAGACCUCAGCUAAGGAGAUGGAGAACUGUGAUGGGCCACUUCUCAGUUUAGCCCGGGCCUUCCACUCUCUCUACCAAGAACGUCUUGAGACCAUCCAGAACCUCACUCCAGGCUAGACGCCCUCACACACACAGACCCCACAGAAUUUAAUAAGCUUUAUGGAUAAUACGUGUGAGGAUGUGAGGUGAUUCAAAGAAACCCUGUGUUCUGAGAAUGGCUUAUGAAUGAA